AUGGUAACCGACGAAACCCAAACCAAGGAAUACGUUAAAGGCUACGGAAUCGACUGGGACAAAGUCAAAGCCGCCCUCGAGGUAACAGAUGACGGUGAUGGGCAAAUCGGCUCAUUAAUAAAGCAGAUUUUGGAAUGUGUCGACCGCGACAUUCAUUGGAUUUGCAUAGGAAAGCCCAACAACGGCAAACGCAAUUCUUUCGUUAUCUCAUUCGGUGAAGAGGCCUUUGGUACAGAUCUGGAGGCUUUGAGGAAGAAAGACAUCCCUGCUCCGGACUAUCUGAAGAGUUUUGUGAAACCAUUUCUUGUUGGCCCCGAUGUAUUUGAGGCUGUGGACUGGUAA